CAGUGUCAACAUGGCGCCUGUCUGCCGGACAAAAGGCGAAUCUGUCUGACGGCGGAUUGAAACCCAAUUAGAAGCAGAGGAGACAUUUUGGGAAAAAACUGUCAGUGUCGGUGAGUCCUGGCGCCGCGAGGCAGCAGCUACAUGUCGGAGUAAAUGCGUGCGGAGGCUCUGGCUCUGGAAUAUUCAGGAUGUUCCAGCAGGGUGAAGAGCCUCGUUUCACCAUCGAGCAGAUCGACCUCCUCCAGAGGCUCAGGAGAACGGGGAUCACCCAGGCGGAGGUUCUCCAUGCCCUGGAAACCCUGGACCACCUGGACCGGAAACAUGGACAUAAGUUGAGCCACAAACCUUCCUACAUGCCUCCCUCGUCUUCUUCCAGCACCGUCGCUGCCUCUUCAUCCAUGACUUCCGCUGCCACUCAGACAAGCUUUCCUGACAACCAACUUUCCAUGUCACCCAACAAUAACUUCGACACCACCUCCCUGCCUCUGCCGGUUCCAGCAGCCUCACCUGUCGUUAUGGCGGCGGUGGCUCAGAACGGCCUGGUUGGCGUCAGCAAUGGGAGGCUGUCACCGCCGCGGUUUCCUCUCGGCGUGGUUGGCGGCAGUGUGACUGCACCAGGCUACGGGUUUGAGGCCAGUGAAGAGGACAUAGAUCUUGAUGAAAAGGUGGAGGACUUUAUGAGAAGGGACAGCUCUUUGAUCAAAGAGGAGAUUAAGUCCUUUCUGGCAAACAGGCGGAUUUCCCAGGCCGUGGUCGCUCAGGUAACGGGGAUCAGUCAGAGUCGGAUCUCCCAUUGGCUCCUGCAGCAGGGAUCUGACCUCAGCGAGCAGAAGAAACGAGCCUUCUUCCGCUGGUACCAGCUGGAGAAGACUAACCCGGGUGCCACUCUGGCCAUGCGAGCUGCCCCACUGGCUCUGGAGGACAUGAUGGAGUGGCAACAAGCUCCGCCCCCGUUUGGCGCUGCCCCUGGUGGCUUCCGUCUUCGGCGAGGGAGCAGAUUCACCUGGAGGAAGGAGUGUCUGGCUGUCAUGGAGAGCUACUUCAGUGAUAACCAGUACCCUGAUGAAGCCAAGAGAGAGGAUAUCGCCACUGCCUGCAACGCCGUCAUUCAUAAACCAGGAAAAAAGCUGACUGAUCUGGAGAGGGUCACAUCUCUGAAGGUCUACAACUGGUUUGCCAACAGACGCAAAGACAUCAAGAGGCGUGCCAACAUUGAAGCAGCCAUCUUGGAGAGUCACGGCAUCGAGGUUCAGAGUCCUGGAGGUCAGUCCAACAGCGACGAGGUGGAUGGCAAUGACUUCCCUGACCAGGGAUGUGAGGUUUCUUUAUUUGACAAGAGAGCUUCGGCCAGGCAGUUUGGGUUCAGCAGAGCCGACCUCUCAUCUCCAACCCAGGUUCCCACACUGCUCCCCAGCUGGUUCUCCGCUCUGAGUAGAGGAAGCUUGUCUGUACAGAGGGGCACCUCUCUGAUUGGCCGCUCCCUAGUGACAGGGACGGGUCCUCAGGCAGAAGGAUCCAGAUUGACAGGCGUGUCCUGGUCUCCGCCGUCCCCUUCUCUCCAGGACGAACCCACCAUCCACAGCGUGCUGUCCGAGCCCCAGGACCCCAUCGGGUUGGAGAAGGCUGCCAAUCGGGGGGAAGGGGCGGGCUGCAGCGUGGAGAAUGAUAUCAAGACGGAAAUGCUUGAGGAUGACUGAAGAGGGUGGUUGAUACUGGAGUUGUCAGAAAACAGGUGUGUUAAUAUGCAAGCGGAUUUUAUAGGAAUGUAAUAAGUGGAAAAAAAUGACCAAAAGUCGUGUAAACGCCAACCCUGAGAUACCUCCCAACCCUACCUCCAACCAUCAACCUGCUCUGCUAUGCUCGUAUAGGCAUUACUAGUGUAUUAUAACAAUGACAAUAAUAAUAACGAUUAACUUCUAUUUGUCAAAGUCCUCGUCAGAUGACUGUGGAAUAUUUCAAAUGCCUUCAUAACAAGAAAAUCAAAUAAUGAAAGAGAAAUAAAUGACAAAUCACUCAAUUAUGAGACAGAAAAUUCAGAGUAUCAUCAAAAGUAACGUGUGUUGUUUUGCACAUUAUUAUUUGUUAUUUAGGCAUUUUUAAUCCUCCAUAGAAGACACUGACUUAGUAACAGGACUUGAUGUUUUAGGCAGAUUUCCUUGAUAAUCUGCAUUUUUACAGACACUGUAUUCAUCACGGGAUUCAAAAGAUUUCAGGGUCUUGCACUGUGAUCACAACACAACUGAACAGCCUCAAAAAACGAAAUACAUGAAUUUGACAGUUAAGUUCAUUUUAACUGCUUGUUUUAAAAAUCCGAGUUAUGUAAAUCAUGUCAUCACAGUUGAUUACAUUUCACAUUCGCUGUUGAUUCCUUCCAGUGAGAAGAACAGCAGAAUAAGCUUAGUUUUUUUUUAAGUCAAGGUCACGUUACAGCUUAAGAUGACUAAAAUGACCAGUUCCUCUGUCCCCCCACCCUGAUGAAAUAAGCUCAACAUAUGGAAGCAAAGAAUGGGUACAAUCAUUUUAAUUUGAACACAUUUUUUUCCAAUGUAUGGUCACAAACUCCGAUAUAUCUCGAGCUGUCCAGGUUUUCAGUCACUUGUCUGAGCUGCUCUUCCUUGAACGACAAACAACAUGUAACACAACCUCAUUGCUUUGUCUUGGCUGCUUGAAUUUGAGUUUCUGUUUUGAAAUAUGUGUAAAAAAAUCAAAAGGUGCUUUUUGGUGCUAAAGUGAUUGAUUUAGAUACAACGAAAGAAAAUAACCCUAAGGACUCUAUGGAAAAUGAACAAGCCUUUAUUAGUGUGGCUAAUGCAUGACAAAGAUAGAAAUAACCCUACAUAUUGCUGCACAGUAGCUUGUCGACCAGAUUGCUAAAAGUUUUUUAAAUCUUUGCCAUGAAUUAGUAAAGGCUUUUUUUAUUUGUUCACAGCAAGUGUGGAAGUGAAAAUGGGCAACUGGAAUUUUUCAUUUUAUGAAAUAAUGAGUGAUCUUUUUUAGAAUUUUAAGAAUUCUUUUCAGGUUUCUCCAAUUUACAUUGUAGAAAAUAAUAUUUUCUACUAAAUUUCACAACUCAAAAUGAGCUACUGAAAUUAAAAAAAAGAAAUUCAAGCCCCAUGAGCAGCACCUUACUUCAGGCGGUAAAGCUGAAUGACCCUCAGUAGAGUGCAUACCUCAUUGCACACACUCCUGAUGCCUGAUUUUCCUCAUUAAGAUCCAUGACUUGUCCAGUAGAAAUUGCUAAAAUUGGUGAAAAAAAAUCCUACAAUUUCAAAGAAAGUAGGGAAAAAAAGAUCCUGAUCCUAACAAAGUUAGUAGUUGCUUUUUCCCCAACCCAUAACACAUCCUUCCACCAAGUUGUGUAGUAAUCCGUUCAGGUGUUUUUGUGUAAUCCUCUUUACAAACAAACAAACAAACAAACAAACCAAUGCCUGGGGUGGAAACAUAACCUCCUCUGGCGGAAGUGAUUCAAAUUGUUAUCGCAUCUUUGCUUCCAUAUCAAUAUCAAAUGAUUACGAAAGAAAAAGUGACUCAACACAAAUGUCACAUGUCGCCAAAUACAGAUUUGUGUAAAAACUAGAAAUGUGAGUGUCCAGACGAUCAAGUGUUUUCUAUUCAUUUGUGCCCUGUUCCGUGUCGGAUGCUCAGGCAGAAUGAAUGAUCACUGUGAGAUCAUCUAUAAUCAAUAGAAUCAGCUGGGAGGGUUCAACAGUUUAAUCAAACUGUUUAGAUAUUACAGAUUCAAGUGUAAAGUGAAUACGUGAAUAUAAAAGAGGCGUAUGUACGCAUACGUACACACAUACGUAUAUACAGUCUAUAUAUGAUAUAAACUGUGAGGGUAUGUGUAUGUGUGCCCCGAUCCAUUUCUAUUUACAAUAUAUAAACAUAUUAGCUUCUAAGGAGAGAAACUAUCAAUAUGACUCUUUGUUGUUGGCAGAAGGUGAGUGAAGCAUUAGCCAAAGUAUUAAGUUGAAAGUUUCUGUAUUUCCUGAGUGUAUGAUAGUCCUGGAUGGAACUAUGUAUUAGAGAUAUGCUAAUCAAUGAUGCAUCAGAUGUGUCACAUUAUAGCAAAGCUAACUGCAUCGUGUUCCUCUGUAGGUAUAUCUGUGUUCGUGCCCGAUAUGCCAUGUGUUCUAAACACACAUGUUCACGUUUCAACUCAGUUUUCAUUUCAAAUGACACUUUAUUGGAUAAAUGUCAUGGUGCUUAAGAGUCGCUGCUCGUCCAACACUUCAUGGUCCGUGUCAGUGACGGAACACAGAGCCAGAAGGAAAAAAAAGAUUAGGGAAACUGAGGUUGUUCCUCAGAAAGCUAAGAGUUAGAUUCUUUACAGACGACCACAACGAGAAGUCGUCUUUAUCUGAAAUAUAAAUGUUUGAUCAUACGAGUCACAUCUAGAAAUAUUUAUCCCCAGUACAGCCGCUGUAGAAGUCCCAUCUGUUCUCUGCUUUACAACAAAAUCCUCAUGGGUCCUUAUUUAGGGUUAAGCCCUUUAGACCUGAGUCUAACUACUGGUUGGAUGAGAGAAUACUAAAUAACUAGCAGGAGACAUUGUUAUCUCAUCAUUAUUCAUCCCACUUGUUUGUCCCACGAUAUUCAUCUCAUCCAAAACACUUUUGUUUGGGUAAGAUUGCAGAUGUGUUUGCCUUUGAUGUCACAGUGCUAACCACUGCCCCCCUGUGUCCCCCAGCAAGCAUUCAUAUUAUUUCUAUAAUCAUACAAUCUCCCAUAUAAUCCACUAACAUCUGGUUUCUGCAGUGUGAAUGGAUACAAUCAGCAUUCACUCCCUGGUCAAAUUACUCUGCAGUUUAAUCGGUUCUGACUCCAAUCGGUAGUGACGGAGACACUUUGGUGAACUCGCUAAUUUGGCCACACAGCAAGUGAGAGAGCGCCUCAGUUGUUGGUGCCCUCCUAACUUCAACAAUGACUCAUUGGGGGAAAACAACAGAAAAAAAACUCCUGUCAAUGGGAAAAUUGAUUAAAUUAAUUAAAAGAUUUUAAUGAUGCUGAUUAUCAGUCAACUUCAGCAGCUGAUCUUUGAUAAUUGUGUUGUUAUUAGUGUAGUCAGCUCUUCUGUUUCAUUGUGUGACAGCUGGUAGAAGGAGCGGUCUAUCUUUAGUACGUCAGCUGUGAUCCAGCUCCAUGGAGCCAUGUCCCUGACGUGACAUUAGUUAUUCAGCACAUGAGAUGUACUGGAUGAUUUUAAGUUAAAGUGCCUUAUUUUUUACAGUGUACAGGAUCAGUGCAGGUCGGAGGUCUCCUACAGCGGCUGUAAACACAUGACUAAUGCUAAGCUAAGCUACAUAUGAACAGUGAAGUGGCUUCAUCGUUGUUGAUCACCAGGUGCUUUACAGGCUCAGCUACUAGUUCAGAGUUAAACACUCGACACAUAUACCUCACUAACAAUCAAACUACCCCCCUAAGCUACAGUAUAAGCUACACCUCCUCCGCAGCUGCUGUAAUGUGAAUCACCGCCCGGGCCGCUGCGGAUUAAAGAAGCUGUAAAGACAGCGCACGCUGGCUAAUAACAAACUUCAGUGUCCUUUUUAAAGGGAAAUUCCCUCAAACUCGAGCCAAUAAAUAUUCAUUUGGAAAGUAAAGGGAAGUUCCACUCCAGAAAAAAAACAUAUAUUUGUUCAUCAGCUCAGAGUCCAUGGAAUAAAUGUAUAAUAGUUUAUUUUGCUCCUCAUCCUGGUGGAGUCCCAACACGUCGUCAGUGUUGGCCUCAGACUGAGCGUCUGAGAAAGUGUUAAACUUAGUGGUGGAAUGUCUCUUAGUUGUGCGGCAGCAGAGCUGUCCUGGUGUCUUUGCUUUAAGCAGUUAGACUCUGAGGCAUCACUUAUGUAGCUGUGUCAUCAAUAUAUGAUUAUUUACACCAAAAAUAUCAAACCAACCCCUCCCAGGGUUGGAAAUGUUUUUUUUUCUUCUUUUGAGUCUGCCAAGCAGAAGCCUUUCUGAAGUGAAUCUGUGGAUUCAUUUGAGACAAAGUGCUGUUCUGAGAUUAUUUCAGCAUUUGAAAUGCUUUAAUUUGCUGCCUUCAUGGUCUUAUCGUGAAGUUGUACUUUAGAAUUCUGAUGCAGGAAAUUGAAAGAUUGUCUGUAUCCUUGUUUUUGUGUCAUUAUAGAGCCAAGAAAUCUGAAAGCAAAAAUUUAAAACAAAAGAUUUGACACGCAUGCAUAAUGAGAAACCAUAAACUAAAUGAAACUGUAAAUGAAAACCUGAGACAAGCUGCCGUCUUUUUUUGUUGCUGUUGAAAGUUGUUGCUUUCAGAUUUCUUCCUGCCUUGUUUUGUUGCACAUGUUCUGUAGGUGGGUUUAAUCCACCUGCGUUAAUGUACAUUUCAACAUAAAAAAAAAUCUCAAUCUAUAAAAUUGAAAAUGUCUUUUCAUAUAAUAAAAAAGUUAUAUCAUAUUAUAUUUCCCUUUAAAACUCUAAGCAUUUUGCUCUUCCAGUCAUGCUCCAGUCCGCAGUGCGUUGUCUCUGACGACAGCGCGUUUUCUUCUUCUCUGGUUUAAAUGCAGUUCUAUCUUCAGCCUUCAUUCCUCUGUUGCCUUUCUGUUUUGUUUUUAAACGGCGAGCAUCCUUCACUGCUGAAUCAGAUCAGGGCCUGGAACAUGUGUACGUGUGUCCAGGCAUUCACUGUUUCCCGAUCACAUUCAUAAUUACCCAUUGUUGUCUAUUUCUCAAUAAACACAGCAGAGUAAAUAUGUACUGGAUCUGAGAUGUCCUCACUGGCUCCCAGUAAGGCAGACUGGGCUGUAGAGGCUCCAUCUGAUCUGAAAUCUGCUGCCUGAACUUUAAUUUUACUGGGAAAAAGACAGUUAUUGUGAAAGCAUCCAGCUAUAAAACGUGGAUGUUACCCCUUUAUGUUCGCUUAUUCAACCAAUGACUGGAAAUGCGACUAACACAUUUUAUCUGCUAUUUCAUUCUUGGAAAUAAACUCUUGAAUAAUUCUGUGUUAGAAGAAAAGUAUGGAACCCUCAGCAGGAUGUUUGUUGUAGCAUUUUGAAGCUGUUUGUUUGUUCUUUAGAAUCCCCUCUCGUUCUCUUCUAUUUCAAGAUUUAGUGCCUUUUUUGGACGGUAGACUGUUCUGUAAUCGCUAUGUAGAAGAUCUACAUAUGCCUUUUGUUACUUUUUCAUCUGUUGGAUAAACCUUAUUUGUUAUUUUUAAGGUGUGUUUUUUUGAUAUUAUAUUUACAAGGGAAUAAAAACUGAUCAGUCCACA